AUGCAGGAACUUUGGUUUUUCAAGUUUGAUUGGGACGAGAGUCUGCCUGAGGAUCUAUUAGAUCGUUGGAAUAGUUAUUAUACUAGCCUGUCAGGGUUAGAAGAGAUUCAGAUCCCAAGGUGGACUGGUCAAAUGAGAUCAAGUUUGGGUUAUGAACUUCAUGGGUAUUCUGAUGCUUCAGCCAAAGCGUAUUCCGUUGUGGUAUAUUUACGUAUUCUUCGAGAAGAUGACGAUCUGAUUGUUACUUUACUAUAUGCCAGGUCUAAAGUAGCUCCUCUUUUACCUGUGAGUAUCCCAGGACUUGAUCUUUGUGGUGCUCAAUUGCUAGCCAAAGCAUUACGCUUUUUAAUUGCUACCAUGGGAUUUGAAAAUGUACCCUUAUAUUACCACACCGAUUCUACAGUGGUAUUGGUCUGGCUCAGCAAACAUCUUUCUACUUGGUGCACAUUUUUAUCCAACAGAGUGCCUCAAAUCCGAAAGUGUAUUCCACUAGCAAGAUGGAGACAUGCUCCUACGGAGGACAACCCUGCCGAUUGUUCUUCCAGGGGUCUCUUACCUAAUCAGUUAUUAAGUCAUACUUUAUGGUGGCGAGGUCCUCCUUGGCUAGUGCAUCAAUCCUCAUUUUGGCCGACAUCUAGGGUGUUAUUGCCUGUUGGCGUUGUCCUCGAGCCGAAAUCUUCGGUCAAAACUUGUCAGCUCGCUCACCAUUCUGUCGAUGCGAAGCAAUUUCUCACUGAUCUUGCUGACAGAAUUGCAUCUUGGCCAAACUUGAUUAGAGUUAUAGCCUAUUGUCGACGUUUUAUAGAAGAUGAGGAUCUGCUGAAGAGCCUUGCUCUAUCUGCAUCGGAGAUUAAUAGGGCCUCUUUAUGGUGUUCACCCUUGAAGACCUUGAACCUAUUUCUGGAUGGUUCGGGCGUUUUAGGUUUGGGUGGUCGCUUACAUCAGGCUCCUAUUAGAUAUGAGGAAAAACAUCCUGUAAUAUUACCUAGUCAUCGUAUUAGCGAACUCAUUGCUCUACACGCUCACAUACGAUUUAUGCAUGGUGGGAUACAGCUCUCUUUAUAUACUUUUCGUCAAGCGUUAUGGAUAAUCGGAUCCGAACUCUGGCUAAGAGUUCAACAACUUAUGGGUAGCUUGCCUGAUUUUAGGACAACAACUUGUGGGCCAUUCACUCAUACUGGGCUUGGUUACGCUGGUCCCUUCUCUGUGCGAUUUGCUCCAGGUAGAGGUCAGAAAAGAUAUAAAGGCUAUGUUGCGCUAUUUAUAUGUUGUGUGGCUCGUGCAAUUCACUUAGAAUUUGUGUCAGACUACACUUCUCAAGGAUUUUUAGCAGCUUACCAAUGCUUUAUAGCUCGUAGAGUUUUUGUGCUAGCCAUCGACAGAUUACUCAAAAUGCACUCGCUGGACUGCAGAAAGCUUGUUCAAAUUUAUGAAGAUGCUUAUGAAGUUUUGCAUGAAAAUGCAACAAGUUCUGAAGUCGCCUACUGGACACAUCAGUGUACGCAAGAUAUUCUCACAUCCAAAAACCGAAUAUUUAAGAAACUGGAUCAGAUGCUGGAAAUCCAAGUCACACCAACGAAAUUAUAUCAAUUACCGAAGAACUACGAGAAGCUGGAAUUAUAUAUUAAUGGGUGCUUAUCAAAAUUCUCAUCCUGUGAAGGAAAUUAUGAUAUGAAUAAUAAGAGACUGUGCAAAGUAGCUGAAGCUCAAGAGCAGUAUGAUGCUGUGAAUCUGAAUAUGGUGCAACAUAUGAUACAUCCUGAACUUGAGACUAUAUAUGAUGUUAUAGCUUCUUUGUGA